GGAAUGUUAAAGUUCCACUACGGAGGGAGCCAGAGGAGGAGAGAGACCGAGAGAGAAAGAGAGAGAGACCAAGAGAGACCACUGCCUUUUGGAGCAUGCUCCACGCGAGACCGUGGGUCGCACGCAGAGAGGCGACUCUUUCCCCGUAACUGAAGAUAAGAGUUUGAGAAGGGAAGCUUGACAUUCCCGUGGAUUGUUUGGACCACGAACCCUCCUCACCUGAGCAAAAAGAAGAAGAACCCCCCCAGUGACUCUUUUCUCCUCCUGAGGACUUAAGUCAACCUUGGCGACUUUUGAAACACGACUUGUAUCUAAGGACUCUAAGGAAAAGGGGUCUUUUUUCCCUUCUUCUUCUGCCACGCAAGAAGUUUAAGGGUCUCGCUCAAGGGGCUUCCGGGUCUCGCGCGCCCACAGCCCACCUGGCGAACCCCAACCUCCAGGGUCCCCCCUUUUUCUCUCUGGAGACGAAGACAGCGAAGAAGAGGAGGGAGAGACCCUUCGGAAGGGGGAGGCCGGCACUCCCCGGCCCCAGGGACAAAGGCAGAGGCCCGACUCUCCAGAGGCAGCAGCCACGAUGCCUCAGCUCUCGGGAGGUGGAGGAGGCGGCGGAGGAGGUGGAGGGGACCCCGAGCUCUGCGCCACCGACGAGAUGAUCCCUUUCAAAGACGAGGGCGACCCUCAGAAGGAGAAGAUCUUCGCCGAGAUCAGCCACCCGGAGGAAGAGGGCGACUUGGCCGACAUCAAGUCCUCGCUGGUCAACGAGUCGGAAACAAUCCCGAGCAGCAAUGGGCACGAGGUGUCCAGGCAAGGCCAGCCUCAGGAAAUUUACCACGACAAAGGCAGAGAACAUCCUGAGGAAGGCAAACACACAGAUGGUGGCUUAUACGGUAAAGGACCAUCUUACUCUGGUUAUUCUGGGUAUAUCAUGAUGCCAAAUAUGAACAAUGACCCAUAUAUGUCUAAUGGAUCUCUUUCUCCGCCAAUCCCUAGAACAUCUAACAAAGUACCGGUGGUGCAGCCUUCUCACGCAGUUCACCCUCUCACCCCACUUAUCACCUACAGCGAUGAGCACUUUUCUCCAGGGACACAUCCUUCACACCUCCCCUCAGACGUCAACUCAAAACAAGGCAUGUCCAGGCAUCCUCCCGGUCCUGAUAUGCCCACUUUCUAUCCCUUAUCUCCUGGCAGCGUUGGACAGAUCACUCCGCCUCUUGGCUGGCAAGGUCAGCCUGUAUAUCCCAUCUCAAGUGGAUUCAGGCAACCCUACCCAUCCUCACUUUCAGUCGACACUUCCAUGUCAAGGUUUUCACAUCAUAUGAUUCCCGGUCCUCCAGGGCCUCACACAACUGGAAUCCCUCACCCAGCAAUUGUAACACCUCAAGUCAAACAAGAACAUCCGCACACAGACAGUGACUUAAUGCAUGUGAAGCCUCAGCAUGAACAGAGGAAAGAACAAGAGCCCAAAAGACCUCAUAUUAAGAAACCUCUGAAUGCUUUCAUGUUAUACAUGAAAGAGAUGAGAGCGAAUGUUGUAGCGGAGUGUACUCUGAAAGAAAGUGCAGCUAUCAACCAGAUCCUUGGCAGAAGGUGGCAUGCGUUGUCCCGUGAAGAACAAGCUAAAUAUUAUGAACUAGCUCGGAAAGAAAGGCAGCUACACAUGCAGCUCUAUCCAGGCUGGUCUGCAAGAGAUAACUACGGAAAGAAAAAGAAGAGGAAGAGAGAAAAGUUACAAGAGUCGACAUCAGGUGGGAAGAGAAAUGCUUUCUCAACGUGCAAAGGAAAGGCAGCGACAUCAGGGCCCCUCCUCGAAAUGGAAGCUUGUUAAAUCUCCAGGCAUGUCCUUCAUCCGCACAGGCCACCGCUAAGGAGUAUGUUUAGGAUAUCGACACUUGCCCUGAUGUCACUGCUACAAAGACACUGAACCAUAAAGACAAUCACUGCCAGGCCCCUUCGCUAUCAUGGCGGCGUCCCAAAUCUGACACAAUAAAAGAA